AUGAACAGGGACGCUGAUCGAAUACAAGAGUGCGGCUUUCGCACUGUUGUCAAGCCACGGACCUCAAACUUUCCCAGCCCUUUGACUCUUUACGACGAAGUCAGCACCGAGGAGGAGAAUCCGAUUGGCAUGAGCAUCUGGAACAUGACCAUGUCCGUCUACAAGGCUCGGAAACCGGACGACCCAGACCCAGACGCGGUCACGGACGAUGUCGGGGAGCACGAUGAGUCGUCAGAGGAAUCUGACGACUCGAGCGAUGUUGAUGAGGAGGAAUCGAAGGAGGCCUUGCGGGAAUUGGCCAGGCAAGCCGAGGCUCCGACGCUCGAGGACCUCUCCAUUGGCGAUCGCGUGCUGGUGAGGAAGUUCCUCCGGGCAACUGUCACAGGGUUGCGAAGCACCACAUUCCCCUGGGGCGUGGAGGUGACGCACGCUGACGGUUCCAGGAAGCAUUAUUUGCCGUCAGAGCUGAUCAAGAUCCACGGUUCCGCUUCCGCUAGCUCCGCUGCACAGCGGCCGCCGGAACGGCUGAACUUGGAGGAUGCCAGCAGAUACGCCCUUCGCAUGGAGAAAGCUGGCCCGUGGAGCUUCGCCGGGAACACCCUAGAGGACACGCCUCAUACGGACAGCGCCAAUCCGGAGUCGUUCGUCGUGUCGCUUUCAGCGCGUUGCGAUGGAGGCCGGGGCUUCCGAUCGCCAGUCACGAGCCGCGAUGCCACGCCUCCGUCAGGCUACAUCCUCUAUGCCGAUGGAGAGGAUCGAUGGGCCUUUUGGGUCGGUGAUGGCAUGUACUGGAGUGGCGUUCAAGGUUCUCCGGUGAUUCGGGGUCGGUGGACAUCCCUUCAGGGUGUCUACGAUGCCACUGCCAGAUCUGUCAGCUUGUUCGUCGACGGUGAAUGCGUGGGCGUUCGAUAUGGAGUAGCCUUCGUGACCAACAAGAAGUGCCCGCUCAGGAUCGGCGCUGGCCGGUCUGAGAGUGAAACGGGACGCUACUUCUUCGAAGGCGCCAUACGCGAUCUUAAGGUCUAUGCAAUCCUGGCUCAAGAUGAGUCUGAUGCAUAG